GGGGUUACCCAGCAAAGAAGAAGGAAAAGGAGAUAGGUGAGAAAGCCGUAAAGGAAAACUUUAGAGCCUCUCGACCACCCAGCAUUUGACCCGAGCGAACCAACGAUACACGGCUGGGCCUGGUGGCCUGGUGGCAAUCACCCCACCUUGGUGAGCCAAAAAGUGUCUGAAGCUCCUCCGCAGCCGCACAAAUAAAACCAGCACCCCACCCCCCCUCAACAUCGACUACCUCUAGAAAACCCCUUCUCUCUUUCAAUCCAUCCUUCCUUCUGCAAUUCUCCCAUUUGAAAGUCGAUUCGCCAAGCCGCAAUCAUGGGAUACACCGACGUCGACCGCCUCGCUAUCAACACGAUCCGUGUUCUGGCUGCUGAUGCCACCUUCCAUGCCAACUCGGGCCAUCCGGGUGCCCCAAUGGGCAUGGCACCUGUGGCCCAUGUUCUUUGGAACAAGUUCUUGAAGUUCAACCCCAAGAACCCCAAGUGGCUCAACCGGGAUCGAUUCGUCCUCUCAAAUGGCCACGGUUGCAUGCUUCAAUAUGCCCUCCUCCAUCUUUAUGGAUAUGCUCUCUCUAUCGACGAUCUCAAGGCCUUCAGGCAUGUCGACAGCAUAACCCCCGGCCACCCAGAGGCUCAUGAUACCCCCGGUAUCGAGGUUACUACCGGCCCUCUGGGUCAGGGUAUUUCCAAUGCCGUUGGUCUCGCCAUUGCUCAGGCCCACACCGCGGCAUCGUUCAACAAGCCGGGUUUCGACAUCGUUGACAAUUACACAUACUGCUUCCUUGGCGACGGCUGCUUGAUGGAGGGUGUGUCGAGCGAGGCUUGCUCUCUGGCUGGUCACCUCCAGCUUGGCAACCUCAUUGCCAUCUGGGACGACAACCACAUCUCCAUUGACGGCGACACCAACCAGGCAUUCACCGAGGACGUUGUCAAGCGCUACGAGUCCUAUGGCUGGCAGGUGCUCUACGUCCAUGAUGGCGACCACGACCUCGAUGGCAUCGAGGCCGCCAUCAAGAAGGCCCAGGAGGUCAAGGACAAGCCGACCCUGAUCAAGCUCCGAACCAUCAUUGGCUUCGGCUCCACCCAGCAGGGCACCCACGGCGUCCACGGCUCUCCCCUCAAGGCCGACGAUAUCAAGCAGCUGAAGGAGAAGUUCGGCUUCAACCCCGAGCAGAGCUUCGCUGUCCCCCAGGAGGUCUAUGAUAUCUGCCACAAGCAGGCGUCGCAGGGCGCCGCCCAGGAGCAGGAGUGGAACCAGCUGUUUGCCAAGUACGGUGAGCAGUUCAAGGCCGAGCACGACGACCUCGUCCGCCGCCAGAAGGGUGAUCUCCCCGAGGGCUGGGAGAAGAACCUCCCGGUCUAUACCCCGGCCGACCCCGCCGUGGCCUCCCGAAAGCUGUCCGAGACCGUCCUCACCAAGAUCUUCGAUGCGGUUCCCGAGCUUCUUGGCGGGUCUGCUGAUCUUACCGGGUCCAACCUGACAAGGACGAAGGGCUCUGUUGACUUCCAGCCACCUUCCACCGGCCUGGGAGACUAUGCCGGUCGGUAUAUCCGAUACGGCGUCCGCGAGCACGCCAUGGGCUCUAUCAUGAACGGUCUGGCUGCCUACGGCACCGUCCUGCCCUACUCGGGAACCUUCCUCAACUUCGUCUCGUACGCGGCGGGUGCCGUCCGUCUGUCGUCGCUCUCCCAGGUCCGCGUCAUCUGGGUUGCCACCCACGACUCCAUCGGCCUCGGAGAGGAUGGGCCGACCCAUCAGCCGAUUGAGACUCUUGCCCACUUCCGUGCUCUGCCCAACAUGAUGGUCUGGCGGCCAGCUGAUGGCAACGAGACCAGCGCUGCCUACUAUGUUGCUCUCACCUCCAAGCACACUCCCAGCAUCAUCGCCCUCUCUCGCCAGAACCUUCCCCAGCUCGAGGGCUCCAUCAUCGAGAAGGCGGCCAAGGGCGGUUACGUCCUCCACGAGCAGGAGGGUGCCGACAUCACGCUCGUCUCCACCGGCUCCGAGGUCUGCAUCUGCAUCGACACUGUCAAGCUUCUCGCCGAGAAGCACAACAUCAAGGCACGCGUGGUCUCGCUGCCAUGCUUCGAAGUCUUCGAUGUUCAGACCAAGGAGUACCGCCUGAGCGUCCUCCCCGACGGCAUCCCCUCGCUGUCUGUUGAAGUCAUGAGCACCAUGGGCUGGGAGAGAUAUACCCACGAGCAGUUCGGCCUCAACCGCUUCGGCGCGUCCGGCGCUUACAAGGAUGUGUACAAGAAGUUCGAGUUCACUCCUGAGGGCAUCGCAAAGCGUGCCGUCGCCACGAUCGAUUUCUGGAAGGAUGUCCCGAACAUCCGGUCACCGAUCAACCGCGCCUUCCAGCAGCUCAUCUAGGGGCGUGGCUAAAAGAAAUGCGGGAUAGAAAGCUAGCGCAAGAUUUGGGUUCGAGUUGCCUUCCAUGUUUACCGAGAUAAAAUAGUUGCUAUCAAUAAAUGAUGCAGACUUUAGAUCUGAUAAGAAGGAUGACGGUAUCAAAAGGAUUAAAGCAGCACGUUUGGUCAAUGGCCCCGUAAAAUUACGCGCGACGAAUCAAGUUCUUUUCGAGA